AUGUUAGAUUACAAUCUUGAAGGAAAAAGCGAAGAUACAUAUAAAUCAAAUGAAACAAAUAAUUCGGUUGAAGAUGAGCGACAAGCCACGAAUGUAGAAGUUACAGUAAAUAAAAGGAAAAAAGUUUUAAAUCGUACUAACGUAAAAAAGAGAAGAGGAUAUGAAGAACCUAACGAUGAGCCUUCUCUAAGAUCAGCUGAAGAUUAUGAGGCACAAGCUACGAAUAUGGAAGUUACAGCAAAUAAUGAUAAAGGAAAAAAAUCUUCCAAUCGUACUAACACGACAAAGAGAAUAGAAAUCGAACCGAAUUGGAUUAAUAGUGAUAAUGAACAAACAUCAAAAGCUUCAUCGUCAUCCUCAUUAAUUGGAAGCUCUUUGUCUUAUAAUAAACGGCCAAUUGCAUCUAAAGCUUCAUCUUUUUCAGAUAGAAGUGAUUCUCCUGAAAGUAUUUAUAGUGAACGAUCACCAUUACCCAAUAUCGCCUCAUUUCCCUUAAUCAACCACUCUUUCGAAGAUACUAAUAGCCAGCACCCAUUAACAUCAAACAAAAUCGAUAAUUCCUCAACUUCUUUUAUCGGCCCUUUUAAAAAUGAUUUGGAGCUUUGUCUAUACCUCGUACAACAUACCAAUCUCAUUAAGUUAACAACGAGUAUGAUAGAGGCAGACAGCCAAGGUUCUACAGUUAUCCAAGAAAAAGACAACAAGUUCAAUGUAUUAUCAGAAAGAGCAAGGCAACCAGAAAUGAAGCAAAUUUCUGAAUAUAUAACGGAAAGUAACUGGGAGGUAUUUUUAAAACGUCAUAUAGAUAUUUUAGACUUAGAGAAGACAUUCAGGAAAUGGCCUGAAAAUGUCGUUAAAUUCACCAAGUUUAUACGAUCCGCUUUUAAUCUCUUUGUCCAAGAAAAUCUUUUGGACAAAGAUGUGAUUAAUGAAGUCAAAGAUCUUAAUUAUAUGACAGUUAACAUGAUUAUAUUUACAGCUGAUGGAAACGAUUCCUUGCAACAAUUAGACCUUGGGUCACUUCUAAAGUUUGACUAG